AUGGUCGCUUCAACCAGAGUGCUCCCAGAAGGGGCUGGCUGGGCCGUUGUGUGCGGUCUCGGCUUCUUCUUUGCUGCGUUCAUGAUCGUGCUUUCGUUCGUUCAACAACGCUACACCAACCGCGAUAUCAAGGACACUGACGAAUUCGCCUCAGCCUCACGCUCGGUCAAGCCAGGCCUAGUAGCUGCAGGUAUUUGCUCUGCCUGGACAUGGUCUUCCACUCUUCUUCAAUCAACGGCAGUAACAUACAAGCUAGGAAUCUCGGGAGGCUACUGGUACGCCGGCGGGGCAACUAUUCAGAUCCUCCUUUGCUCCAUCAUGGCCUGUAUGAUCAAGCUGAAUGCCCCCUUUUGCAGCACCUUCUUGGAGGUCUUGAGGGUCCGAUGGGGCAAAUUGCAUCAUUGCGUUCUCUUGUUCUUCGCUCUGGCCACCAACCUGCUCGUCUCUUCCCAGCUGGUCGUGGGCGGCUCAGCCGUGGCCACCACACUGACUGGAAUUCCCACACUGGCCGCCAUCUGGCUCAUCCCCAUGGGUGUUGCCUGCUACGUUCUGGUCGGCGGAAUGCGCGCCACUCUCCUCGCCGACUACACCCACACGGUCGGCCUUCUCAUCAUCAUCUUCUACUUCUUCUUCAAGGUCUGGGUCACCUCGCCAGAGAUCGGCAGCGUCUCUGCCAUGGUCGAACUUCUUCAAAAGUCGAACGAUAUCCACGGCAACGCUUCCGGUACUCCUCUCACCUUCCGUUCGCUCGAUGGGCUGGUGUUCGGGGUCAUAAACGUGAUCGGAAAUUUAGGCACUGUCUUCUGCGAUCAGAGCUAUCACCAGCGGUCUAUCGCCUCUAACCCCGCUACAGCAGCUCGCGCAUUUUUGCUAGGUGGCUCGGCGUGGUUUGCGAUCCCCUUCCUGUUCUCCAUGACCAUGGGUCUCAGCGCCAGGGGUCUUCUGUACUCUGGCAACCCUCUCAUGCCAGCUUUGUCGGCUGCGGAUGUCAACGCGGGUCUCGCUGCUCCAGCUUCCGGUGUCGCCCUGGCAGGAAAGGGGGGUGCCGUCGCGGUGCUCAUCAUCCUCUUCCUUGCCGUCACUUCCGCUUCAUCAGCUCAGCAGGUUGCCGUCGCCUCGGUGCUGACCUUCGACGUCUACAAGCCCUACGUCCGACCUCAGGCAAGCAAGCGCGAAAUUUUCAUCAUGAGCCACGCCGGUGUCGUAAUUUGGGCCAUCGUCAUGGCUCUCUUUGGCACGAUUUUCCACUACGUCGGCAUCUCACUCGGCUGGCUUUACCUCGCGCAGGGCAUCAUCAUCUCUCCAGCCGUAGUGCCAAUCUUCUGCGGGCUCUGCUUCAAGCGCACCAACAAGAUGGCCUGUCUGGUCGGCAUGGCGGUGGGUCUCGUCUCAGGUGUCGUUGUCUGGCUCGUGACGGCCGCUACGCUCGAGGGCGAAGUGACGGUUGCCAGUACCGGAAAGGACUACCCGACUCUGGCUGGCAAUUGCGUCUCCCUGUUUGUGUCCGGCAUCAUCACAAUGGCCGGCACCUUGCUUCGACCCGAGACGGAGGACCACUUUGUGCUCACGCGUGCCAUUAACGCGCCUGAAGAAGUCGUCGAGCGUAUGAACGCUCAGUCCCGACGCGAGUCUACCGGCUCUCCCGCUCCUGGCUCGCCUGAGGCAGAAAAGACCGAGUUCGACUCCGAGAAGAAGGCGCCUGCCCCUACCGCUCUGCCUUACACCAUCGAAACGGUCGACUACGUCAAAGCCGCCGGUCUGGACGCCGACGAGCUUCGCAAGACCAUGCGCUUCACCAGCUGGGUCAGCGUCGUCGCCUCCAUCUCGCUCUGUGUCAUUAUCCCCGCCUGCCUUGCUUCCCGUAAGACCUGGGAUGCGACCGGUCUCGCGGCGUACAUCUGGAUUGGCUUCGUGUGGCUGAUCUGGACUUCCUUGGCCGUUGGUGUCUUGCCUGUUUGGGAGUCGAGACACGAGCUUGCUGCUAUUCUCCGUGGUAUCGGCAAGGAUCUGACUGGCAAGAGUGGGAAGUACCAAGACGAUGCAUCCACCACCUCGUCCUAG